UACAACUGUACACUUCCGCUUAAUUGCUCCAAGCUGCACAGAUGCCGUACUAACAGAGUAUAUACCGUAUAUCUUUCUUUCCUCGUUUAUUCAUGCUCAAGUUCCUGUACACAACUUUCUUCUGCAUUACGUAUGCCUUUCCUGGCAUCAAAUAUGCCAGUUGCAAUGAAAUUACGGAGGAGGAUAUGGCAAAGUAUAGGGACAGAAUAAAGGCCAUGUUCUACCAUGCCUACAACAGCUAUCUGGAUAAUGCCUAUCCCUAUGAUGAGCUUCGGCCACUCACCUGUGAUGGCCAGGACACCUGGGGCAGCUUUUCUCUGACACUUAUUGAUGCUUUGGAUACGUUGCUGAUACUGGGGAAUCACACAGAGUUUCAGCGUGUGACAGAUCUUCUCCAAGACACUGUGGACUUUGACAUUGAUGUAAAUGCAUCUGUAUUUGAAACAAACAUUAGAGUUGUUGGUGGUCUCCUGUCUGCCCACCUGCUGUCCAAGCAGGCCGGCAUGGAGGUGGAGGAAGGCUGGCCCUGCUCUGGCCCUCUGCUGCGCAUGGCUGAGGACGCGGCACGCAAACUCCUCCCAGCCUUCCAGACGCCCACAGGGAUGCCCUAUGGCACAGUGAAUCUGCUCAGGGGGGUCAACCCUACUGAGACCCCAGUCACUUGUACUGCUGGGGUGGGCACCUUCAUCCUGGAGUUCGGCACCCUGAGUCGCCUGACUGGUGACCCUGUGUUUGAGGAGGUGGCAUGGAAGGCCCUGCGGGCGCUCUGGAGAACACGCUCCGACAUUGGACUGGUGGGGAACCACAUCGACAUCGUGACCUCCAAGUGGGUGGCCCAAGACGCAGGCAUCGGAGCGGGCAUUGACUCAUACUUUGAAUACCUGGUGAAGGGCGCCAUCAUGCUGCAAAACGAGGAAUUGCUGUCUAUGUUUCAUGAGUAUGAUAAAGCAGUGAAGAACUACACCAAGUUUGAUGACUGGUACCUGUGGGUCCAGAUGCACAAAGGGACUGUCUCCAUGCCUGUGUUUCAGUCACUAGAGGCCUUCUGGCCUGGCCUACAGAGCCUACUGGGUGACCUUGACAGUGCAGUAAGGACCUUCCACAACUACUACACUGUGUGGCGCCAGUUCGGAGGUCUGCCUGAAUUCUACAGCAUUCCUCAAGGCUACACGGUGGACAAGAGAGAGGGUUAUCCCCUGAGACCAGAGUUAAUAGAGAGUGCCAUGUAUCUGUACAAGGCCACUGGGGACCCUACCUUCCUGCACCUUGGACGGGACGCUGUGGAGUCCAUUGAGAAGAUCAGUCGAGUGAAGUGUGGAUUUGCCAGUGUGAAGGAUGUGAGGGACCACAAACUGGACAACCGCAUGGAGUCCUUCUUCCUGGCCGAGACCAUCAAAUACCUCUACCUCCUGUUUGACCCGAACAACUUUCUGCACAACAACGGCUCCACGUUUGAGCUGGGUGGGCCGGAUGGUGACUGCGUGCUGGGGGCCGGCGGCUACAUCUUCAACACGGAGGCCCACCCUCUGGACCCCGCUGCCUUGCACUGCUGCAGCCGAGCGCAGGAGGAGCGCUACGAGCUCCAAGACAUCCUGCUGAGUCUCUCCGAAGUCCCAGACGCCCCCAGCCAGACGGUGAAUGGAAAGGUGGCCGAGGAGGAGGAAGAUGAAGAGGAAGAGGAGGAGGAGGCAGAGGAGGUAGAACAUGAAUAUGAGCGAUGGCGGGUGGAAGGUGAAGGUGCUGCAACAAGGAACAAGGACUGCGACAGGGAUUUGCGGGCGUCGGAGAGCAUAGUGCUGAAGCCAGGGAGUCAGCGUAAGGCUCGCACGCUCUCCUGCCCAAUGCAGCCCUUCAGCGCCAGGCUAGCACUCAAUGGACAGGUGUUCACAGACAGCACGUGAAGAAUUAUGGGACAUACAGAGGUGUAUGUGUCUGUCAAAAGAGUCAGGUUUAAAUUAAAAUGAAGAAAAGUCUUUUUAAUAAAUAUUUAUUUAGAGUACA